UUCACUCAAUCGGGAAGUUUUAUUCGACACAAAAAUUCUGUUCAUUUAAAUAUAAGAUUUAUUUGUGAUUCCAAUGAAUGCCACAAAAGUUUUACUUCAAAACAAAAUUUAUUUCAACACAAAAGUUAUGUUCAUUUGAAUGAAUCUGAAUUCAGAUGUAAUGGAGAAAAUUGUGGCAAAAUGUUUAUUUCAAAUAACAAAUUAAUUCAACACAAAAGCAUUCAUUUGAGGAAAAAGUUAUUUGUUUGUCAUUUCAAUAAAUGUGAUAAAAGUUAUGCAAAUAUAAAAGACAUUCAAAUUCACACAAAUAGAAAUUCAAAUGUAAUGAAGAAAAUUGUGGCAAAAUAUUUGCCCAAAAAUAUGCACUAUUUUCCCACAAACGCUUGCAUUCUUGAGAGAUUUCAUAUUUUUACUACAAAACAUGAUUUAGUUUGUCAUAAAUCUACUCAUUUAACUAUAAAACAAUUUAAAUGUCUUAUCACUGAUUGUGGGAAGAGUUUUACGAAUAAGAAAUAUCUGUCGAAACACAUUAAACUUAAUCACAAAAACUAUGAUAAACCAAUGGAUACCAGAACUGGUUGUUGUGGUUAUAGUAGUGGUAGUGUUAAGCAAUGUAUCCAAUUUAUGAGACAACUGUCCAUACGCAAACGCAAUGAUAACUGUCCCGUCGGACGGGUAGACAAAUGUGAGAGCAGUUAUGCGCACCGAUCGAUGCCUUUGGGCUGUCGGGAGGCGUCCAACACCUGUACGCCCUGUAAAUCAUUAUACGCGGUGACCACUACUGCGGUAGUGUUGCCAUCGGUCUUA